UAUGCGCGGGCGCUGGCAGUAGUCUUCCGUUCUGCUCAGUGUUUCAUCGACAGUGGCUGAGAACGAACUAAGUAACACUAACGAUAAUACGCGCUUCGACAUAGCUUGUGAACUGUGGCUAUUGAACUUUUGUGCUUUGUGUGUGUUUUAGUUUAUAUACAUUUGAGAUUAACAACGCAUUUGUGAACGAAUUUCAACUUUCACGAGAGCGGUCUACUGAAGCACUAUUCGAGGGAACGUACCGACACUUAACCACUAGUAAUUCAUCAAAGCUUUGCAGCUUUUAUCGGUACUUACGAAGAGUUUUAUCAAAAUGCGAGUUCACCACAGUCGCAGCCAGUCGUGAUUACCUACUAGAAAAACUGUAAAAUAUUCGAGUGCCAUGGAUCAUAGGAUUUUUGUAUUUUUGGCGAUAUCCGCCCAACUUUGCUGCCUCGUAUCAUCUGAAGGUCCAUUCUACGAUGGGGGGCAGAAGGCACCUCCGCCUCCUGGGAACUUUCUUACUCAGACUGUAUAUGGAUUUCUAGAUUUUACUACUACAAUCGGCAACACUGUAAUGGUAUUUUCGCCAAACUCAGCUCCACCACCAGAACCGCCGUCAACGGAAAAAUCCGUACAAGAAAAUAUUAUAGAAACAAAGCCGCCACCGAUUAGUAAUGUAAAGCCAGAGGCUAUCAAACCAAGUAAAACAACGGAUAAAGCUAAAACUAACAAAGCGGCAGCCCCAGUCGCAGCAUCGAGUGCAAUUUCAGUUAUAGCUUCUUCCCCUAAAAAAGAAGAUAAAGUUGCAAAUAUCCCAAAAUCAGUAGCCAAGGAACAAAAACAAGUAAUAACUAAAGUUGAAGUUGUAGCAGGGCCAUCUAAAAUCGUAGGAAGUGUAUCCAAGCAAAUAUCAGGAAAAGGAAACAAACAAUCUUCCCAGCCUAAAAAACAACAAAAAAAUCAAAGUAUCAAAAGUAUUACUAACGUCGUAAGCAGUAAAGUUGAAGUAAAACAUAAUGCAUCACCGUCUGCAGUGAUAAACCCUAAAUUUAGUAGUAUAGUUGAAAUAAAAUCUAGCCAAGCUGAAGAAGAACCUGCAAUUUUAGUGUCAAAUAACAUCGGUGAACCGGAAUACGAUUAUUUAUCACGGCAACCAUCAGAGUUUGUAGAAGAAACUUAUCGAGUGAUCAAUUUGCGACCGUCAAAAGCGCAUGCACAGAAACCAAAAAAUAAUCUUAAAAACAGACAUCAACCAACUCCUCCAGCGGACGACGAAGAGCAUCCUGUUGGUCUUGUGACUACUCUCGGUGGAACAAUAGUCAAAGACGGACUAACAACUGUGCAUGAAACCAGUGUUAUUGGUACAUAUAUAUCAGGAAAGUACGCACAAGUACUAAACAGUAAUUCAAAAAUUUUACAGUCUGGCCAUAAAGCUAAAAUUUCACCCAGUCCAUCCCAUAGGAUUUUAAAAACUGUAGCACCAACUAUUCCAAAAAAUCAUAAACACAAUCUAGAACCAACUCCGUCAAUAAGCGACGAAGACAACAAUCAUGUUAAAACAACUCGAAGACAAACAAGUAGCGCAAGUUCUUUCAAAAACCGCCAUAGACCUCAAAACAAUGAAAAUGAAAGUCCUGAACCUAGCCCUUCUAGCCAAGGCAAAAAGUUUAAAAAUAGGAAUACUUCACAUUCUCAGCGAACUCAAAGUGAAUCAUCAUCUUUUUCUAAUAGACGAAAAAGCAACCGCAACUCUGGUCACAAAACAACCGUGACUCCAGCAAACAACAAUGAAAAUCAAUCCAGGCGUGGAUUCAAACCUCGUGUUCAGCCCACAGCAGUUGAACAUGUUACUCCAGUUGCAUCUUCAAGUGUCUAUAAGUUUAAGCUAAACCGACCGCAAAGUUCUGGACGCUGGCAAUAUAAAACUAGUCCAAAACCAAAAGUAACGAUUCGUAAAAUGAACGGUGAUGAUGAAUCACAAACUACGCCUAGCUUAAAUCCUCUUCUUGAUGAUUCUCAGUCAAACGAUUUCUCCCUUCAAUCUCGCUCCGAUAACGAUCUUGAACUAUCGGGCUCACAAAGUGGUCCUGGUGCUUUGUUAGAUAAUGAUAGUGAGGAUAAUUCUAUCGAAAAACCACCAUCAGUUGAAACACUUAAAGUAGAAAUUUCGACUCCAGCUGAUUUCCGAGAUGUUUACUACGAAAUUGCAACCCUUAAGUCUCCUUACACAUUCCAGGUUGGACGCGUCAAAAACACACGUAUUAUCACCGUGACCAGUACAAUUGAAAAACGUAUCCCUCAAACAGCAGUGCCUUUAAAUUCUCAGAGUCUUCUUAAUGAACCACUAACUGAGAAUAUAUUGGCAACGGCAUCGCCAUACGGAAAGGAUCAUUAUUUUUUAGAUUCUAGCAUAGCGACAUUACCGCCAAUCACACUUUCAUCCGACAUGGAAACUCCUCCUUUAGAAACUGUGACUGAAACGUUUAGUACUACUCAAAAUAUGCUCAAAACUCAUAUAUUACCAAUUGUAAGAGAUGCCAAUAUAACAAGUAGUCUUACUUUUAUACAGACUUAUCAAGUCACCAGGUUCGUAACAGCGACUAAAACUCUACCACCAAUGGACUUCUAUCAAUUCAUACCAAGUAAAACAUUGAAAGAAUUUAAUAGUCGUCUUGAUGAAGCUGGUUCCGAAUUACAUCUUGAGUUAGAUUUUGGUGAUAGUAAUGAAGACGAGGAUGGAGUACCACGUCGCGUCUUUCCACCUGAUUUGGACCUUGCUAAUAUUGGUUCAAACUUUGACCUCACUGAAAUUGAUAAGUAUAGAGACAACCACUUAAGACUUAAAAAAGCCCACGGACAAAAUAAAGUAAACCAAGUAACUGACUCACCACUUCCAAUAACUCCAGCAUUGACUCCAGAACAAGCCCAACAACUUGCUCUGCUAAGAUUACUUAACCCUGCCGCAGCUGCACAAAUCCCAAAUGUCGUUACAACAUCAAGACCAAUACUUAAAUAUGAAACCAUAUAUGAGUCUCACGUGAUACCACUUUUCGAUGGAAAGAGUACAAUUCAGAGCACAAUAUCAAGACCAGUAGCCACAGUAACGAAAACUGAAUAUGAAAUAGGAACAAGUAGCUUACCAGCCCUACCACUCAACCCUCUUUUCCCUCAGCAACAACAGUUUACUGUAACUUCAACUCCAGUUGUAUUAAACACGGAAGUUGUUUCUACGAAUAGUCAAGUUUUGAAAUUGACAUUCGGUGCCAAAACAGUGUAUACGACACUGUUCACGACUACACUUGUUCCAACGGUAGUGACAUCUUACGUAACGUCUUCUGUACCCGUGCAACCAAGCGCCCCCAGUUUUCCCGGAUACUUCCCUGCGCCAUUUGCACCUUUUCCUUACGUUGGAUAAGUUGAUCAGCAGAAGUAACUAAAAACUCAAACACUUUAAUAAUAUACAGUUGUGUUAAAGAGUUUUAAUUAUAGCACAAAAUUUGAAACUUUAUAGUGCGAGUGUGUCAUUAUACAGUGUGUAAUAAACUUUAUCGUGAGUUAAUGAACAGUAAAACAGUGCAACGGCGAAAUAUUACGACGUUUAGCAUUUGUUAAAGUACAAACUCUUACAAAUUUCUUCGCUCAAGUUUCUUGAGCGUAGAAAUAAAAAGGUUUGUACGGUAUACCUAAUAUUGUGAAAUAAGUUAGUUUUACUUUGUGGCUUGUAUGAAAAUAUACAUAAAUGUACCGCAGUUUUAUUAUUAGUAUAUGCUUUGUAAAUACUUGUUAUUUAUAUUAAUCUUACUUUGUACAUAAAUGAUAUAUACGUUUUUAGUAAAAUCGAACUGUAGAUAAUUUUUUUUCAUAUAUAUUUUGUAAAUUGAUUGCUUAAAUAAAUUGGUCAAUUAUA